AUGACAAGUAUAGAAGAGGAAGAAGAUCAUACCCAAGAUUCACUUGGUAAUACAAUAAUCAACCCAUCUCAAAAAAUUGAAUCAACUAAUCAAAUAAUCAACCAUCCUAAAUUAUCCAUUAAUGAUCUACCUUCAGAAUUACUCAUUCAAAUUUUCACUCAUUUAGAUCCUAUAUAUCUUAAUUCAUUAAGACUUGUUUGUAAACAUUGGAAUUAUAUAAUUAAUGAUAAAGAAUUAUGGAUGAAAUCUUUCCAAUUAAGAUUCAAUAUCCCCAUUACAUCAUCUAGUUUCCCAUCAUUAUCACAAUCACUGAAUUGGAUGAAUGAAUAUUUCAUGAGAUUACAAGUCAAUAAAAACUGGAAACGAGGGAUAUCAAUACAUAAAACUUAUCAAAUCAUUAAUAAUGAACAUAGAUUUAAUGAUUUGACUAUGGUUGAUUUUGGUAUGAAUAAAAUUUUAACGUAUGAUAAACGAUAUAAUAAUAUCUCGAUUGGGAAAUUGUCUGAUGGGAAAAAUCAAGGGUUUAUACCUGGGGGUAAUAUUAAUGGAUUUCUGACUGAUGUAUUAUGUUUUGAUAUUAAUUGGAAUUAUUUGGUGAUAGGGACGAAAAAUGGGGAAAUAAUACUUAAGAAUUUGUAUACUUCAACAUCAUCAGUUUCCCAAAGAUCAAGUGUGACAAAAUUUGAUACAAUAGAUGAAGAAAGUCCCAUUAUGGAUAUUAUUAUGAAUAAAGAUGUAAUAAUUAGUGGGUCCUUUGAAGGGAUCAUAAAGUGUUGGGAUUUACAAGGCAAAAUUGUCAAAAAAAUUAACUUAGAGGAGGAAGUGAUAUAUAAUAUAUCAAGUGAUUUUAAAAAACAUAUAAUCGUCAAUACUGAUCGUCAUAUAUUUGUCAUUGAUUAUCAAACUGAAGAGAUUAUAUCAAAAAUUGAUUUAGGGUUUAUAAUCAAUGAAAAUGAAUCAAUAGAAUAUGAUUUGUUAAUAAGACUGAAAAAUAAAUUAGAUGUUGAUUAUGGAACUCAAAAAAUUAUUAUAUGUUACAAAUCAUUUAUUCGAGUGUUUUAUUUUGAUAACCACAAUUAUAGCCAUCGUGAAUUGAAAUUAGAAAAAGAUAUUGAAAUUAUAGAUUCACAUUUUCAAAUUGCUCCCCCCAAUAAGUUUUUCAACAGAAAUACAUAUGUAGUAGGACAAGAUGGAUUAUUGUAUGGUAAUUUAUUAUCUGAUGGCAGUGUAAUAAUUUGGAAUGUAAGAGAAGAUUCAUUAUUAAUCACUCCUAUUAUACAAAUUUAUCCUCAAUUAAAUCAUAAAAAAUAUUCUCAUGGACUUAAUCAUGCCAUAACAAGACAUAAUUUAUUAGAAAUCACAUCAUUUGCCAUGAAUGGGACCAUGAUAGCAAUUGGAGGGUAUAAUGGACUCACCAAUUUAUAUGAUGUUUUCACCGGGAAAUUUAUUAGAGAAAUAUCGGUUAAAUACCCAACAAGAUUUCAACACAUGCAUAAUUCUUUAGUACCAAUAACGUCAAUUCAAUUAAAUCCAAAUCAAAUCGAUAAUAAUGGAAUUAUUAUAUGUGGAGAUGCAGUUCAAUAUUUUGAAUUUGGUGAAAUUAAACAACCACCAGGGAAAUCGUCACAGAGAAGAGGACAACAACAACAACAACAACUUCAAAAAAGUUUAAAUAAUCGUGGUAAAAGUGAAUCAGUGAAGAAAAUUAGAGAUGGACUUGAAGAUUAUGAUGAAGAAAUAUAUCGACAAUUACAUACAGAUAAAUUAUUGGAUAAAUAUAAUGGGAAUAAAUAUGAAGAUGAAGAAGAAGAAUUAAUGAUGGCAUUAGCAUUGAGUGAAAGUAUGAAUAAUAGUCGAGAUGCCAGUGAAAUAUCAAUUAAUGAAUCGUUAUUAACACCAGACGAUAAAAGUCAACUAGAAGAAGAUGAACAAGAAAUGGAUGAAGAACUUAGAAGAGCAUUAGAACUUUCAUUAAUUGAACAUUAA